CGUCUCGUAUCGUGAUCGAUGCACUUUCGCUGAAUCGAAUUUAUUAGAACAAUAAUCAAACAGAUCAGAAUAAUAAGAGGAUAGAAGGAUCGUGGCUCGUUGCAUAACGCUGACGAAAUGCAGAAGCUUGCGCCGUCGUUCUUGGCGUUUGCCAUCGUCGCACUUUUCGUUGCGGAAUUCCCAUACGGUGAGGCUACCGAUGAGGUUCUCGCGGAUGUUUCAGGAUUGAGCAACAGCAAGAACAACAAAACCGAAGGAAACGGCGUAGCACCUCUCAAACUUUAUAAGCGCCUGAGGACGUGGAACAAUGCACGAAAGACAUGCCAAAAUGAUGGAGGUCAGUUGGUCGUGAUAGAUUCCGCGCAAAAAGCAGCCAUCGUGAGAAGCUUGCUGGCUUCGGAGUCGUUGGAAGCUAUCUGGGUAGGCUUCCACGACCUGUUUAGGGAAGGAUCGUGGACGACUGUAACCGGCGAAUCGAUCAGUGCAUUGAACUAUUAUCCAUGGGCUCAUGGCCAACCCGACGAUCAGUUCGGCAGACAGAACUGUGCAGUUAUAUGGCGGUUGGGGCUACUAGAUGGGAUGGACGACUAUAGGUGCGAUAGAAAAUUUGCAUUCGUCUGUGAAAACAAGUCGUGUUAAACUUCAAGUCUCCUUGCUGUCCAGAUACGUUGCUCUUAAGACACGAUUAUCAUACUUUGACCGAUAUUUUAUGUAAUAAAAUUAUUAAGAUUCGUUAAGAUUUAUUUUGAAUAAAGAAAUUUUGAUUUCGUGAUAA